AUGGGGGAUUAUGUCUUUCUUAACGUCUCACCGUGGAAGAAAAUCAUAAGAUUUGGACGGAAGGGCAAGCUUAGCCCUAAGUAUAUCGGGCCUUACUGGAUUCUAAAACGAGUGGGACGAGUUACCUAUCAGCUUGAGUUGCCUCUAGAUUUAGAUAGGAUUCAUGAUGUGUUCCAAGUCUCCAUGCUGAGGCAUUAUCGCUCUGAUCCCAUGCAUAUUGUGUCAGUUGAGGAAAUUGAGGUUAGGUCUGAUUUGACUUUCGAGGAAGGACCGGUGCAGAUACUGGAUAAUGAAGUUAAUGUGGUGAUAAGGAAAUCUGUUCCAUUGGUCAAGGGAUCUCAGUGGAGUAAGGGAAAUAUUCUUUUAACAAGAAACCAUUAUGGUGCAGUUGAUCACCAAGGUGCAAGGAUUGUUUUGGCCGUCGAUUUUGGAGGGAUUAGUCCAGAUCAUCUAAUCGUGGUAGGUGAUGACUGUUAG